UACAGUAUUCCACUAACGUUAGAAUUUAGUUGUGCUUCUGUACUGCGUUGGUGUACUAAGUAUUAUCGUAAAUAAACGAAAAAUAGUGAAUCUCUAAAAAAUAAAAUGCCAUACGCUAAUCAACCUUCAGUCCAUAUUUCAGACUUGACUGAGGAGAAUGUUAAGUUUCAAGUGGAAGAUACGGAAUUGAGCGUAGCGAAUAGCAUGAGACGUGUCUUUAUUGCUGAAACUCCAACCAUGGCCAUCGAUUGGAUACAACUGGAAGCCAACUCUACUGUAUUGAGUGACGAAUUCUUGGCACAUAGGAUUGGAAUGAUACCACUAAUAAGUGAUGAUGUAGUUGACAGAAUACAAUAUACAAGAGAUUGUCAGUGUAUGGAUUUUUGUCCAGAAUGCAGUGUAGAAUUUACUCUGGAUGUUAAAUGCACUGAAGACCAAACUAGACAUGUAACUACUGCAGAUUUCAAGUCAAGUGACUCUAGAGUGUUACCUGUUACAUCUAGACAUAGAGAAGAUGAUGCAAGUGAAUACGGAGAAACAGAUGAGAUAUUGAUAGUGAAACUAAGGAAAGGACAAGAACUGAAAUUAAGAGCAUAUGCAAAAAAAGGUUUUGGGAAAGAACAUGCAAAAUGGAAUCCAACUGCUGGUGUAAGCUUUGAAUAUGACCCAGACAAUUCUAUGAGACAUACUUUAUUCCCCAAACCAGAUGAGUGGCCCAAGUCAGAAUACAGUGAAUUAGAAGAAGAUCAAUAUGAAGCACCAUUUAAUUGGGAAGCCAAGCCAAAUAAAUAUUAUUUCAACGUUGAAAGUAGUGGCGCCUUGAAACCCGAAAAUAUUGUUAUGAUGGGAAUUGCGGCAUUGAAGAACAAAUUAUCAAAUUUACAGACACAAUUGAGCCAUGAAGUACAAAGUGAUGCAUUGAGUAUUCAUCAUUAAACCGUAGACAAAUAAUAAAUGGAUAUUUCUGUUUUAUAUUUAAGAUAAAAAAUGUAUAAAUUACAUUUACUUUUUUUCAAAUAAAUGAUUGUAACUGUGAA